CUUCCAGCUCUCCACAAAAUGGCGAAGAUCGCCAAGACCCACGAAGACAUUGAAGCACAGAUUCGAGAAAUUCAAGGCAAAAAAGUUGCCCUUGACGAAGCUCAAGGAGUCGGCCUUGACUCGACAGGAUACUAUGAUCAAGAGAUCUAUGGCGGAAGCGAUAGCCGGUUUGCUGGAUAUGUAACUUCAAUUGCUGCAACUGAAUUAGAGGAUGAUGAUGAUGACUACUCUUCGACAAGCUUGCUUGGCCAGAAGAAGCCUGGGUACCAUGCCCCGGUGGCAUUGCUUAAUGAUAUACCACAGUCAACGGAACAGUAUGAUCCAUUUGCUGAACAUCGUCCACAGAAGAUUGCCGAUCGGGAAGAUGAGUACAAAAAUCGCAGGCGGAUGAUGAUAAUUUCGCCGGAACGGCUUGAUCCUUUUGCAGACGGAGGGAAGACACCUGACCCUAAAAUGAAUGCCAGAACAUAUAUGGAUGUAAUGCGUGAGCAGCAUUUAACGAAAGAAGAGAGGGAGAUUAGGCAGCAGCUCGCGGAAAAGGCUAAGGCGGGCGAACUUAAAGUCGUCAAUGGUGCCGCAUCCCAGCCCCCGUCCAAACGUAAGAGGCGUUGGGAUCAGACCGCCGACCAGACUCCAGGUGCCACACCGAAGAAACUCUCGAGCUGGGAUCAGGCUGAGACCCCCGGACAUACCCCAUCACUGCGAUGGGACGAAACACCUGGCCGUGCGAAGGGGAGUGAGACGCCCGGGGCAACCCCUGGGUCUAAGAUCUGGGAUCCAACUCCAAGUCAUACUCCAGCAGGAGCUGCGACCCCUGGGCGCGACACCCCUGGCCAUGCAACCCCAGGCCACGGUGGUGCAACGUCUAGUGCGCGGAAGAAUCGCUGGGAUGAGACUCCGAAAACAGAGAGAGAUACUCCUGGCCACGGGAGUGGUUGGGCUGAAACGCCUCGUACCGAUCGGGGCGGCGAUUCCAUCGGUGAAACACCAACCCCCGGAGCGAGUAAAAGAAAAUCGCGUUGGGAUGAAACGCCCGCAAGCCAGAUGGGCGGGAGCACUCCCGUGUUGACCCCUGGCAAGACGCCCAUUGGUACACCAGCUAUGAACAUGGCCACGCCCACACCAGGUCACAUAAUGAGCAUGACUCCUGAACAGCUCCAAGCAUGGCGAUGGGAGAGAGAAAUAGAUGAGAGAAAUAGGCCCCUAUCUGAUGAAGAGCUGGACGCAAUGUUUCCUGAAGGAUAUCGAGUUCUCCCUCCUCCGGCUGGUUACGUCCCUAUUCGUACUCCGGCUCGUAAACUUACUGCCACGCCCACACCCCUGGGGGGAAUGACUGGCUUCCACAUGCAGACUGAAGACAGAACCAUGAAGAGUGUCAACGACCAGCCCUCUGGAAAUCUACCUUUCCUAAAGCCAGACGACAUACAGUACUUCGACAAACUGCUGGUCGACGUCGACGAAUCAACGCUGAGUCCAGAAGAACAGAAAGAAAGAAAAAUCAUGAAACUGCUUUUGAAGAUUAAGAAUGGCACCCCACCAAUGAGGAAGGCUGCUUUGCGACAGAUUACAGAUAAAGCUCGUGAAUUUGGAGCGGGACCCCUCUUCAAUCAGAUUUUACCUCUGCUGAUGUCACCAACACUUGAAGAUCAGGAGCGCCAUUUGCUUGUCAAAGUUAUUGAUCGGAUCCUGUACAAAUUGGAUGACUUGGUCCGGCCGUACGUGCAUAAGAUUCUUGUGGUCAUUGAACCUUUGCUGAUUGAUGAAGACUACUAUGCCAGAGUGGAAGGCAGAGAAAUUAUCUCCAACUUGGCUAAGGCAGCCGGUCUGGCGACGAUGAUCUCCACCAUGCGGCCCGAUAUCGACAACAUGGAUGAGUACGUGCGUAACACAACGGCUCGAGCCUUCGCCGUCGUGGCCUCCGCUUUGGGCAUUCCUUCUCUGCUGCCUUUCUUGAAAGCGGUGUGUAAGAGCAAGAAGUCCUGGCAAGCCAGGCACACUGGCAUCAAGAUAGUCCAGCAAAUCGCCAUUCUGAUGGGCUGUGCCAUUUUGCCUCAUCUCAGGAGUCUGGUGGAAAUCAUUGAGCACGGCUUGGUGGACGAGCAGCAGAAAGUGCGCACCAUCAGCGCUUUGGCUAUUGCGGCUUUAGCUGAGGCGGCCACUCCGUACGGCAUAGAAUCUUUUGACUCUGUCCUGAAGCCCCUGUGGAAGGGUAUCCGUCAACACAGGGGAAAGGGUCUGGCUGCAUUUUUGAAAGCCAUCGGCUACCUGAUUCCGCUGAUGGAUGCCGAGUACGCCAAUUACUACACCAGAGAAGUCAUGUUGAUCCUUAUCAGAGAGUUCCAGUCUCCGGAUGAAGAAAUGAAAAAGAUUGUGUUGAAGGUGGUAAAGCAGUGCUGUGGCACAGACGGUGUCGAAGCAAACUACAUUAAAACAGAGAUUCUUCCUCCAUUUUUCAAGCACUUCUGGCAGCACAGAAUGGCACUGGACAGAAGAAAUUACAGACAAUUGGUUGACACAACCGUAGAGCUGGCCAACAAAGUUGGGGCCGCAGAAAUAAUUUCCAGGAUUGUGGAUGACCUGAAAGACGAGGCUGAGCAGUACCGGAAAAUGGUGAUGGAGACCAUUGAGAAGAUCAUGGGGAAUCUGGGUGCCGCUGACAUUGACCAUAAGCUGGAAGAGCAGCUGAUUGAUGGCAUUUUGUACGCCUUCCAAGAGCAGACCACAGAGGACUCUGUGAUGUUGAAUGGCUUUGGCACCGUGGUUAAUGCUCUCGGCAAGCGAGUCAAGCCAUACCUGCCCCAGAUCUGUGGUACGGUUUUGUGGCGUCUGAACAACAAAUCAGCCAAAGUCAGACAGCAGGCUGCCGACCUGAUAUCUCGUACCGCGGUCGUAAUGAAAACGUGUCAAGAGGAAAAAUUGAUGGGGCAUUUGGGUGUAGUGUUGUAUGAAUACCUGGGUGAAGAAUAUCCUGAAGUGUUGGGCAGUAUCCUAGGAGCACUUAAAGCCAUUGUGAACGUCAUUGGAAUGCACAAGAUGACGCCUCCGAUCAAAGACUUGCUACCAAGGCUCACGCCUAUCUUGAAGAACAGACACGAGAAAGUGCAGGAGAAUUGUAUCGACCUGGUCGGCCGUAUUGCAGACAGGGGAGCGGAAUAUGUCUCUGCCCGGGAGUGGAUGAGGAUCUGCUUUGAACUGCUCGAGUUGCUAAAAGCACAUAAGAAAGCUAUCCGGCGAGCAACUGUAAAUACAUUUGGUUAUAUCGCAAAAGCUAUUGGACCCCACGAUGUGCUGGCCACCCUGCUGAAUAAUUUGAAAGUACAAGAGAGGCAGAACCGCGUGUGUACGACGGUUGCCAUCGCCAUUGUAGCUGAGACCUGCUCCCCCUUCACAGUCCUGCCCGCCCUUAUGAACGAGUAUCGAGUCCCAGAGCUGAAUGUCCAGAAUGGUGUUCUAAAGUCUCUUUCCUUCCUCUUCGAAUAUAUUGGGGAAAUGGGGAAGGACUACAUCUAUGCCGUAACCCCGUUGCUUGAAGAUGCUUUAAUGGACAGAGACCUUGUCCACAGGCAGACGGCCAGCGCAGUGGUGCAGCACAUGUCUCUUGGGGUGUAUGGCUUCGGCUGUGAAGACUCACUGAACCACCUGUUAAAUUACGUGUGGCCAAACGUGUUUGAGACGUCGCCUCAUGUCAUUCAAGCAGUCAUGGGGGCUUUGGAGGGCCUGAGGGUCGCGAUUGGGCCUUGCCGAAUGUUGCAGUAUUGUUUACAGGGUUUGUUUCACCCUGCCAGGAAAGUCAGAGAUGUGUAUUGGAAGAUCUACAACUCCAUCUAUAUCGGCUCACAGGACGCUCUGAUAGCGCAUUACCCGCGCAUCUACAAUGACGAUAAGAACACCUACAUUCGCUAUGAACUUGACUAUGUCUUGUAACUUUA